CCAACAGCAGCCACCACCACCACCGCAGCAACCACACACCUCGACGCCUGGCUGAAGCUGAACGGCUCGUGCCCGGUUUCCAGGAACUUGCCGCUGCCAACCCCGCUGUCCACGCCGCUCUCGGAGGUCGUUUCACUCUCGCAGUACGCCGUGGAUCGGAGGCGGAGGAGGUGAUAAGAUUUCAUAUUGAAGUUUGUUGGUUCUUUGGUUGACAAUGAUAUACACAGCGAUUGACAAUUUCUACUUAACCGAUGAGCAACUAAAGAACUCACCUUCUCGGAAAGAUGGUAUAGAUGAAGCGACGGAGAUUACCUUACGAAUCUAUGGUUGUGAUCUCAUCCAAGAAAGUGGCAUUUUGCUUAGACUACCUCAAGCUGUAAUGGCCACUGGGCAGGUUCUGUUCCAUCGUUUCUAUUGCAAGAAAUCAUUUGCCCGCUUCAAUGUGAAGAAAGUUGCAGCAGGCUGCGUGUGGCUUGCAUCAAAGCUGGAGGAAAGCCCAAGGAAGGCAAGACAAGUCCUCAUUGUUUUCCACAGAAUGGAAUGUCGGAGGGAGAACUUACCCGUAGUGUAUUUGGAAAUUGGUUCCCAGAAAUAUCAUGACCUCAAGACAGACUUGAGCAGAACAGAAAGACAUAUAUUGAAAGAGAUGGGAUUCAUUUGUCAUGUUGAACAUCCUCAUAAAUUUAUAUCCAACUACCUUGCUACCCUUGAAACCCCUCCAGAACUGAGGCAAGAAGCUUGGAAUCUCGCAAAUGAUAGUUUGCGCACAACCUUAUGUGUUCGAUUCAAGAGUGAGGUUGUGGCUUGUGGGGUUGUCUAUGCUGCUGCUCGUCGGUUCCAGGUACCCCUUCCUGAGAAUCCACCGUGGUGGAAGGCAUUUGAUGCAGAAAAGUCUGGGAUUGAUGAAGUUUGUAGAGUUCUGGCUCACUUGUACAGCCUUUCUAAGGCACAGUACAUUCCAGUCUGUAAGGAUGGAGACUCUUUUACUUUUUCCAGUCAGUCAAAGGAUUCACAAUCUCAGCCAGUUUCGAAGGAACUUCCGCAGGCUAGCCCUACGGCUAAUACCGAGCUUGCUUCAGCAGCAGUUAAUCCGGAAUCUAGUGGGUCCAAGGAUGCAUUAGUAAGAGUAGCCAUUGACAAGCUGAAGGAAACAAAGAAAAGUGAUGAUGAACCAAAGAACACGCCUCUUGAUGGACAAGCAAGAGAAGAGUCCAUACAAAAAUCCAACCCUGAGCAUAGAACAGAGGCAAGCAGGGAAAGAAACAAAGAGAGAGAGAAGGAGAGGGAAAGAGAAAGGGACAGAGAGAGGGAGGACAGAUCAAAGGCCCGCGAUCAUGAUAGGGGCAGGGAUUCCGACCGGGAACGGGAUCGAGAGGAAGCUGAGAGGGAUAGAGAUAAAGUGAGGGAUCGCAAUCAUCGUUCUAAGGAUAGAGGAAAGGAUAUAGGAGGCCAUUUGGGGAAAUCAAGACAUCACUCAUCAAGAGAUCGUGACUACCGCAGUUCCUCUUAUUCAUCAAGGGAGAAGGAUCGCCAUAGACAUCAUUCAUAUGCUUAAACCUGUCUUCAAGGCAUGCUAGUUGUUGUAUACUUUACAUGUAUUGACCAUCAUUGUUUAGUCUGUUGUGCGAAAGAAAUACUAAACAGCAGGGAGUAAAACAGAAAAUCUGUUUUAUUGAAACAAGAGCUCUUUUGACUUGAGAUUUACAAGCUUUAAUUUGACAUUGA